UCUGCUAGCACAGUUGUGUAGAGGAGAACAGGCGGGGUCCAGAUAUGGCGGCUUGGCAACACUUGUAGUGAAGUCUUCGAGAAGUGUUCUUUGUGCUUGGACAAAUGUUGCUACUCAAAAUCCGCUUACGGUCUUUCGGUGCACGUGUUGUGCCUAGGUGUUUCAAGUAUUGCAUCAUGAGAACUCUGAACACUCGACACGACCCUGUCCUCUUUCACCUCUUUCGACUACACAGUAACAUGCAGACAUGCCGAGAAAUGAAUUGCGGAGUAAAACGGGAUGCAUGUCUUGUCGUCGACGUAAGAAAAAAUGUGACGAGAAAAGGCCAGCCUGCGGUGGUUGCAGUCGGUCCUUUCUGACAUGCCAAUGGCCUACCGAAGAACAAAAUGCUCUGGAUCGACGAUACCGUAAGGGACUAAAUCAUCCAUCAGCAAAGUCUCAAGAAGUCAAACUCCAAGAAACUGCCAUCGGCUUCAAGUGGGAUGAAUCGGCUCUGCUUGCUUACUUUGGAAACACUGUAGCCCCAAGCUAUAUUCAGAAGGGCUCUCAUCCACAUUUCCAUAGCAUGGACAGUGUUUUCUCACUUGUUGAGAAACAUGACACGGCAAAACAUGCUAUCAUGAAUUGUGCAGCCACUUCCCUAAGUGGAAAUUUCACUAUUGAUCGAGAUUGGACUGGAAGGAUGAGAAGCCACGCCCUUUCACUGCGGAUCUCAGCAAUAGCCGAAAUACAGAGGCAGAUCAAAUCGGGAAUUAUAGACGGAACUGAAGAUUGGCUCUUACUCUCCGCCACUCAACUUGCACUCGCCGAUAGCUUUGGCUACAAUAUCUCAACACCCAUCAUUCACAUGCAUGGUAUAAUGAGUUUGUUGAGAUGUCGACAAUUCGCGAGAACAUCAAAUCCAGAACUCUACCGACCAUCAACUGAAUCAUUGGUUCAUGAACGUAUAUCCUACGAAGCUCUUCUUUUUCAUGGGAUCACUUUAAUGCUCUUCAAUCGAGAGUUUUACAUGCUGAAUCAACCCUGGUGGCAUACGAUAGACGAGUACUUUCGAUCUGCUCCUUUGUCUAUUGCUCUUGACGAAGCUUCCUGGCCUAUCCUCGGCAUGCCAUUUUCUUUGUUCCGUCUAGCAGUUCUUGCUCAUGAGCUCAAUCGACAGUGUCCGCUGUCCAAAGAGGGCAAGCAACUAGCGAUAAGCUCUUUACUUCAAUUGAAUUUUUUCCACAAGUACAUACCGUCCACUGGAUACUUCUCAGCUGGGUACACAUACCUAGCGGCAACCACCGCUUUACUACGGAAUAUGAUCUCUCGAUCGGGAAACGAUAUCGAAGUUCCGGAAGAAGCGCACGAAGCACCGAAGACAGACAUCUCGAAGAUAGAGGCCAAUAUCAAUGCUAAGAAAUUCUUCAUCCGCUACCCUCUGUGGCCUCUCGCCGUUCUAUAUCGAGUCUCAGAAGUCGAAGCAGAGAAAAAGACACUUGAAAGGUUAAUCGAGGACGCCCUCAGAAACAUCAGAGGCGUUGUAUUCAAACCUCCUCCUCGGAAGGCUGUCGCUAUAUUUAUGAUGACACCUGGUCUAUGAAACCAUGUACGAGUUUUGAUCUCAUAAUGUGGCGGGAGACUACCAGGCAGCUCCUGGCCUCCAGCACUUCCAUCCAACUCCUUCCCGCCAAAGCUCCCAGGCAUCUCUUCAUCUCCAACAGUCUCAGGGAUUUCAUUAACCUUCCCUUGAGAUUCCGAUACUGGCGAUAUAGGGGACUUUUCUCCUCGCCUCCUCCAAAGUCCUUGCAAGAACCAUCCUAAAGCAAGUCCAAGCAGGAUUGCUGCAGGCACGCCGAGACCAAAGCCUAUCUUCGCUCCAACAGACAAGCCUGAAUUCGAGAUCUGGGUACUCG